GACCCCAGCACGGCACAUCAGUGCUUUCUCAGCUCAGCCCCAAAGUUCAGCCCAGGAAGCCAACACAUUCAUGUAGGCACGAGCAUUAGAGAAGAGGAAACAUACAUUUAAAUCCAAACAGGCUCAUCUUGAAGAAAACAUUGGUUUUCAAUGCAGCUAUGAAUUAAGAAAAGAAAUUUGAAUGCUUCUUCAGAAGAGAAAGCCUGGGAAGAAGAAAUACUUAGGAAGAGCAGGUAUGCAUGGAGCAUCAUCGAGAAAGCACUUUCCAAAACUGUAAUGCCCUAGGCAAAGAAGUGUCACCAUAGCUUCAGCAUUUCAUUUGGAGGUGCCUGAGGUCAUCCCUGUGUUCUUGCUGAGAAUCACCAGCUGCCAGCAAAUUCAGCAUGACAGAAGUAUUCUCACAAGCCACAACUGAAUACGUUUACGAUGAAGAUGCUUUCUCCUGCAACAAAACUGACAUCCAAGAGUUUGGGAAAAUAUUUCUGCCACUAUUUUACAUCGUCGUGUUUGCUCUUGGCCUCACGGGGAAUCUAAUGGUGGUUUUUGCCAUUGUGAAAGGCAAUAAAAAAAGCAUUACUGACAUCUAUCUCCUGAAUUUGGCUAUCUCUGACCUUCUCUUUGUGAUCUCCCUCCCGUUCUGGGCUUCCAACACGGUCCGUGGAUGGACCCUUGGGACUGUUGCAUGUACAGCUGUUUCCUCACUAUAUUACAUUGGUUUCUUUGGGGGAAUGUUCUUUAUCACUGUUAUCAGCAUUGACAGGUACUUGGCCAUUGUCCGGGCAACUUAUUCUCUGAGAUCCAGAACAGUAAGACAUGGCUUUCUGGUAAGCUGCGUUGUGUGGGCAAUAGCGGUUCUAGUGUCGGUGCCACAAUUUGUGUUCUCCCAGCUCAUAGAAAAUUACUGCAUUGCUGUCUUCCCAGAGAAGCUGGAGAACAUCUGGCCAGUGUUCUGCAAUAUGGAGCUGAACACCAUUGGCUUUCUCAUCCCAGUCUGUAUCAUAUUCUAUUGCUACUGUGGGAUCAUCAAAACUCUUCUGUCCUGCAAAAAUCAGAAAAAAGCCCGAGCCAUAAAACUGAUAUUGGUUGUGGUGGUGGUUUUUUUUCUGUUUUGGUCCCCCUACAAUGUACUGAUUUUUCUAGAUACUUUAAAUCACUAUGAGUUAUUCACAGAUUGCAACCAAAUUAAGUCAUUGGACUACGCAAUGCACCUGGCUGAAACCAUUGCAUUCAGUCACUGUUGUCUCAAUCCUUUUAUCUAUGCAUUUGCUGGGGAAAAAUUCAGGAAAUAUCUUUAUCAUGUCUGCUUGAAGUACUGUCCAUUCCUGUGUUUCUGUGGGCCCUGCAGUCACUACCAGGUCUCUCAUUCAGUUAGUUAUGCAGAAAGUGUGGUGAACAGCAACAUAACCCAGAACACCAGCGACCAGGACGGCUCUGUCUUCGUCUAAAAGGGUCUCAGAAGGAGAAAUGUAUCAAUACAUGUCUUCUGCAGGGAUAGCAGCCACUGAGGGGUUCCAUUUACCCAUAUGAAGAGCCUUAAAGGCUGCCCUGAGUUACUGACAUGCCUCUAGUUAACCAUCAAAUAUUCUAAAACAGCAAAGAUUUUAAAAACAAAAGCAAUACAAUAUGUUAGUGUUGGACAUGGAAUGGAAUCAAGA